AUGUUGGCAAGCAGUACAGCUCAAUGUUCAAUAUGUUUGAAUCUAAUGAUCAAAGGUUCACCAUUAUUCACAACAGCAUGUGAUCAUACAUUCCAUUUUGAAUGUAUAAAUAGUGUUAAAGCUAAUGUGAAAGAAUGUCCAUUAUGUCGUAAUCCAAUGUGCCCGUUGACUAAUAUUGUUACAAAUGAUAAACUACAACGAGAAAACGUAAGUUUAACAAUCGCUUUACCGUUACAUUUUUGGGUAGUUGCUCACUGUGUGGUAAGGGGUUCUAAGGGCGCUGAAUAGGCGGUGAGGGUGAGGUGUUAUGAAAGAAUUUUGUUUGAAAGAAAACACUUCGGACUAUUAAGAAUCUUUUUUAAAAUAGGUCAAAAUAUUAGUUGAACAAGAAAAAGUUUUUUUCUUUGCCAAAAUUUAAUACUUUUUUCCGAAUUUUACAACUAUACAGGGCAGUGUAGAAGCAUAUCCCGAUCAGGAUAUAUAUCCCUAUUGGACUAUAGAAUUAUAUCCCAAUCGGGAUAUUAUAGCUCGAUCGGGACAUAUUUUACACUAUAUCCCGAUCGGGCUAUAAUUCUAUAGCCCGAU